UAUGACUCCUUUCAAUUCUCCUCACCUAAAUUCUCAUGCUCUACUCUGUUUUUAUACCUUCUUCUUCCUCUUCUCUCCCACUCAUUCUACAUCCUCCAUAGCUACAAAGCUCAGCGAAAAAAAAAACAGAGUGCGCUUAAAAAAUGUCUCUCCUUUCGUUUCCUCUCACUUCCUUCAACAUCUCUCCUUCACUCUUCUUCACUAUCAUCAGCACUCUCGUAUCAGCUUUCGUUAUACUGUUCCUCACGCGCAAGAGUUCUAACUCUAAGCGCGUGAACCUCCCUCCGGGUCCUCCCGGCUGGCCCGUAGUCGGAAACCUCUUCCAAUUCGCGCGCUCCGGGAAGCAGUUCUACGAGUACGCCGAUGAUCUGAGGGAGAAGUACGGUCCCAUCUACACGCUGAGGAUGGGGAGCCGAACCAUGAUCAUCAUCUCCGACGCGACUCUGGCCCACGAUGUUCUAAUUCAGCGUGGGCCCAUGUUCGCGACCCGGCCCAAAGAGAAUCCAACACGGACAAUCUUCAGCUCCAACACUUUCACAGUCAACGCUUCCGUGUACGGCCCCGUGUGGCGAUCACUCAGACGUAACAUGGUGCAGAACAUGCUGAGCUCGACCCGGUUCAAAGAGUUCUGGUCGCUGAGACGAUCCGCCAUGGAUAAGCUCGCGGACAGGAUCAAAUCAGAGGCCGGUGAAAAUAACGGACUCGUCUGGGUCCUACGAAACGCGAGAUUCGCUGCGUUUUGUAUUCUGUUAGAGAUGUGUUUCGGAAUCGAAAUGGACGAGGAAUCGAUUUUAAAAAUGGAUGCGAUGAUGAAGAAGGUGUUGAUCACGAUCGAUCCGCGGCUGGACGAUUACCUCCCGAUCCUUGCUCCGUUUUACUCCAAGGAGAGGAGACGAGCUCUCGAGGUUCGCCGCGAGCAGGUCGAGCUCGUCGUCGGGUUCAUCGAGAGACGACGGAGAGCGCUUCGGAAUCCGGGAACGGACAAAACGGCGACGUCUUUCUCCUACUUAGAUACGCUCUUCGACUUAAAAAUCGAAGGGCGUAAAACGACGCCGUCUAACGAAGAGCUCGUGACGUUAUGUUCGGAGUUUCUCAACGGCGGGACGGAUACGACGGGGACUGCGAUAGAGUGGGGAAUCGCGCAGCUGAUCGCGAAUCCUGAGAUUCAAUCUCGUCUCUACGAUGAGAUUAAAUCGACGGUGGGGGAUCGUGCGGUUGAGGAAAAAGACGUGGAGAAAAUGGUGUUUCUACAAGCCUUCGUCAAGGAGAUUCUCCGGAAACAUCCACCGACGUACUUCACGCUGACUCACACGGUGACGGAGCCGACGACGGUAGCCGGGUACGAUGUUCCCGCCGGAAUCAACGUCGAGUUCUAUCUCCCGGGAAUAAACGAAGAUCCGAAGAUUUGGUCUAACCCGAAGAAAUUCGAUCCGGACCGGUUUGUUUCGGGUAAAGAGGAUGCGGAUAUAACCGGGGUAACCGGAGUGAAGAUGAUGCCGUUCGGUGUAGGCCGUCGGAUCUGCCCCGGUUUAUCGAUGGCGACCGUACACGUGCACUUGAUGCUUGCGAAGAUGGUACAGGAGUUUGAAUGGAGCGCGUAUCCGGCGGGAAGCGAGAUUGAUUUCGCGGGAAAAUUGGAGUUCACGGUGGUUAUGAUGAAACCGUUGAGAGCCAUGGUUAAACCAAGGGUUUAAAUUUACUAUUAUGAAAACGAUGUGUGCUAUAUUAAAGGAACCUAUACUUUAAAAAAAGAAAUUCGGGUGUUUUUGUGAAUUCUAGUAAAAUAUUA